AUGGGUGAAGAAGAGAGAUGCAAAUUAGAACGCGAAAUUCUUGGCGAACCCUGUGGUGUUGACUGUCCGCUUAAUUACGGCCAAGAAUUAGAUGGAACCAACAAAGAGGUCGAUGGAUGGGUUAUUCCCGCGGUAGAAGUCAAGAGGGUGCAAGAAGAACGGGAUAGCAUUGCUACUACAUCCCAAGACUAUUAUUCACGAGAAAAUUCAGAGAGUGUAUACACUUUUGACACGGCUGAUUUAAGCCCCCUGAUCGUCGAUAUUCACGGUGUUCUUUUACUGCGAUCUUCGUCUUCAUCAAUAAUCAAUGGGCCUCUAAUCCCAACACCAUCCUCGAUAAAUUCACUCCGUCAAAUCGCACUUCAUAUAUCUUCGCGAUUACCGACACUUCUAACUUCACCUCCUUCUGCAGGAAAAGCCCUACUUAUUUCUCACAUUGCUAAAUUACUCCAUCCCCAAAGUCAAAACCAGAUUGUGACGAUACAUCUUGCAGAUACUUCUUUGGACCCUCGAGCCCUAUUAGGAUCAUAUGUGUCCUCAGCAGUCCAUCCUGGGACUUUUGAAUGGAAGGAAGGCGUUUUGGUUCGCUCCAUGAGAGAAGGCAAAUGGGUUGUGUUAGAAGACAUAGACCAAGGGAGCAAUGAGGUCCUUGCGGUGAUCAAACCCCUUGUCGAAUCUUUAACCAUUUGUAAAUGGAUAGGCGGUCGAGCACAACUAGAUGUUCCCGGUCAAGGCAGGGUUGUUGCCCAUUACGAUUUUAUGCUUUUCGGGACACGGUCCCUUCAACCGUCAAGGGCUGGACGCUUCCAACCUCCAGCCUUCUUUGGGUCACAUAGAUUCUCCGAGGUAAUCAUUGAAUCUCCAACCUUUGACGAAUUGCAAACUAUCAUCAGCGCGAAAUUUCCACGCUUGGCUGGCAGUCCUGCCCGCGUUAUAAUCGAACUUUGGGACUCAAUAAAGAAACUCAGCACACAUAACUCAAGUCGUGACGUAGGCUUGCGAGAAUUGCAAAGGUUUUGCCACAGAAUUGAUAGUCUAUUACCACCUUCCUACCAACCGAUGGACAUCGCUUGGGAUGGCCAGAAUACCUUUUCACUUGCCGACAUAUUUCCCAAUAUAUCUCUCAGGGAAGAUAUCUACCUCGAUGCCCGUGAUGUGUUUUUCGGUGCAGGGACAUUGACUGCGUCAUCUCUUGCGCAUUCAAAACUCGUCGCUCAAACAAUAGGCGAUCGCCUUGGCCUUGAUACUGACCGCCAACAGUGGGUCCUUGCAGGCAAAGUAUCGGAACUUGAGAUGGAAACAGAUGCAAAUGGCCAGACCUUGGCUAUCCGUCUGGGAAGAACCCGCCUUCCUGCUCGAGCCAAUAAACAACAAAUUUGGCAACCUGAUGCGCGGCCAUUUGCUCUGCACAAACCCGCUUUAGCAUUACUCUCUCGUAUUGGGAAAGCUGUUUCUCACAACGAACCGGUUUUGUUGACGGGAGAGACUGGUACAGGCAAAACAAGCGUUAUUUCAUAUCUUGCCACUUUGUUACACCGUCCUCUUAUAUCUCUCAAUCUUUCGCACCAGACAGAAUCUUCUGAUCUUAUUGGUGGUUUGAAACCUAUAGACGCUCGAAUUCCAGGUUCUGUUUUGCAGGAGAAGUUUAUUCAAUUGUUCGGGUCGACUUUCAGCAUUCGGAAAAAUGCUGCUUUCGAAGCGGAAGUCAGAAAGUCGGUCAAUGAAUGCAAGUGGAAAAGAGCAGUGGGUUUAUGGAAAGAAAGUGUGCGGAUGGCCAUCGAGAGAAUUCAUGCUAAAAAAACAGAAGAUACCCGUUUACCAGAAGCUUUGGACAAUGAUGCACCUCGGAAGCGUCGAAAAACACAUGCUUAUGAACCAAAGUCAUCCGAAUAUGCCUGGUCGACAUUUCUUCAUGAUGUUGAAGAGUUUGAGGUGCAGCAUGUUCAUGGAAAGGGAAAAUUUGCUUUCGGGUUUGUUGAAGGGCCUCUCAUAAAGGCGUUAAGGAGCGGUGAUUGGGUCUUAUUGGAUGAGGUGAACCUUGCGAGCCCAGAAACUUUGGAAUGUAUAUCAGGUCUCCUGCAUGGCCCAACAUCAUCCAUCACCCUGACCGAACAUGGUUCCCUGGAACCCGUCCCUCGCCAUCCUGACUUUCGCUUGUUUGCCUGUAUGAAUCCCGCUACAGACGUUGGCAAAAAAGAUCUUCCUCCCACAAUUCGAUCGCGCUUCACAGAAAUUGAUGUACCUCCUCCUGAUGCAGAUAAAGAAACAUUGUUGAGCAUCAUUGCGCAGUACAUUGGACACAUCGCUGUUGGUGAUAAAAGGAUCAUUAUGGACAUAGCGGAAUUUUAUACAGCUGUGAAAGAGGUUGCAGAGAGUAGGCAAAUAGCCGAUGGCGCCAACCAUCGUCCGCAUUUCAGUAUGCGCACGUUAGUACGUGCCCUUACUUUCGCCGCCGACACAGCUAGCAAGUAUAGCUUGCGUCGUUCUGUUUGGGAAGGUUGCCUCAUGGCAUUCACAAUGGCCUUGGACGGCGAAAGUGCUAAAGUUGUCACUGCAUUGGCCCAUAAAUAUCUUUUAUCGGUUGUCAAAAACUUCCGCUCAGUCCUCGCAAAAGAUCCAGCGCCUCCGUCCGAUGGUAUAUUUAUCAAGCUUGGGCCGUUUUAUCUUGAAAAAGGACCCUUGGAGGACGACUUGGUGGAAGAAUACAUCAUCACCCCAUCCGUUGAGCAAAAGCUCAUAGAUCUCUCACGGAUUAUCUUGACCCGUCGAUUCCCUGUUUUAAUCGAAGGACCAACAUCUAGUGGUAAAACCAGCUCCAUUGAAUACUUAGCAAAACGUACGGGUCACCGUUUUGUUCGUAUCAACAAUCACGAGCACACAGAUAUCCAAGAGUAUCUGGGGUCAUAUGUAUCAGAUCCGUUCACAGGGAAACUUAUCUUCAAGGAUGGGCUUCUGGUCCAAGCCCUUCGCCACGGAUACUGGAUCGUUUUAGAUGAAUUAAAUCUUGCCCCAACUGACGUACUGGAAGCUUUAAAUCGGUUGCUGGACGAUAAUCGUGAGCUAGUAAUACCUGAAACGCAGGAGGUUGUUCACCCUCACCCACACUUCAUGCUCUUCGCUACUCAAAACCCCCCUGGACUUUACGCUGGUAGAAAGAUCCUUUCGCGGGCGUUCCGUAACAGAUUCCUUGAGGUCCACUUUGAAGACGUACCUCAGAUCGAACUGGAGACAAUUCUGUGUCAGAGAUGCCGGAUCGCUCCCUCUUACGGCAAGAAAAUUGUCAACGUCUUCCACGAGCUGCAAAAACGUAGACAAACAAGUCGGGUUUUUGAGAGUAAACAAGGUUUUGCGACUCUGCGCGAUUUAUUCCGUUGGGCAGGCCGUGAUGCAGUUGGCUAUCAAGAAUUGGCCGAGAAUGGAUAUAUGUUGCUCGCAGAGCGUGCCCGGCGUCCGGAAGACAAAAUUGUCGUGAAAGAGGUCAUUGAAACGAUCAUGAAAGUCAAGAUAGAUGAAGACAUGAUGUACAACCUUUUCCGCGCAGACAUCGAUAUGAGCACAUAUCUUGGACAUCCAGUACCCGCCACUCCAAGUAUCACCUGGACCAAAGCAAUGCAACGUUUGUAUAUUUUGGUGUGUCGUGGGUUAAAGUUCAACGAGCCUAUUUUGUUGGUCGGAGAAACAGGUUCAGGCAAAACAUCUGUAUGCCAGGUAUUCGCAGAUGCGUCUUCACAGCGCCUUCUUGCUCUUAAUUGCCACCAAAAUACUGAAACCGCUGACCUUAUCGGUGGACUUCGACCUGUGCGAAACCGUAGUGCAUUGCAAGCAGAAGCCGUGCGUCAGGUGUCAUUGAUACUCAACGCAUAUGGCAUCAACGAUGUACCGUCAAGCGUGGAAGGACUGGCCAAAUCUUUGUCUUCGAUCAUGAAAAACAUUCAUGAAUCAGAUUCUCAUUCCCGGCAUCGGCUACAAGUUGCCCAUCAACAGUUAUUACAGCUCAAUUCCAUUUUUGAGUGGCACGAUGGCCCCUUGAUUGAAGCAAUGAACGAGGGUGAUGUUUUUCUCUUAGAUGAAAUAUCACUCGCCGACGAUUCCGUUCUUGAGCGUCUCAACAGUGUCCUUGAACCUGGACGGUCGAUUGUCCUGGCAGAACGAGGUGGGACAAAUCUUGAACAAGCUGCAGUCCGUGCGUCAGAUUCCUUUAAGCUCUUGGCGACUAUGAACCCCGGUGGGGAUUAUGGCAAGAAAGAGCUGUCACCUGCACUUCGCAAUCGCUUUACAGAAAUAUGGGUUCCGUCUGUUGAUGAUCGUGAUGACCUGGAACUCAUUGUUGGGAGUCUGUGGUCUUGCACAUCUCUUCAAUCGUACACUACUUGUCUUCUGGACUUCGUCGAAUGGUUGUGCUCCCGGGUUGGUGACCGUUCCUUGAUGAGCUUGCGAGACAUUCUGGCAUGGGUUGUGUUCACUAAUUCAGCAUAUAAGGAGAAUCAGACGGAGGGGCUUCAGAGUGAUGAAUUAUUUCAUCACGCAGCCCACAUGACUUAUUUAGACGGCCUGAGCUCACUUCCUCAGCUUGCAGCCUACUCUCGAGAAGCAAUGAAACGAUUGAGGUCAGAUGCAAUUGCUAAACUUCAAGAGAUUGUCCCUUUGCAUCAACCACUUGGUUCAGCUGUGCAAACCUUUGACUCUACAAAAUUCAUCCAGCUUGGUUCUUUUGCCAUUGAAAAGGGAAAAAACGCUCAGAUGUGUCAGUCAUUCAAUCUUAAUGCCCCGACUACGAUGCACAAUGCCAUGCGCGUAGUCAGAGCUUGCCAAGUCCCAAAACCUAUUCUGCUGGAGGGAAGCCCUGGCGUAGGGAAAACAAGUUUAAUCACUGCCUUGGCUCAACUUACUGGGCACACAUUAUGCCGAAUCAAUUUAUCUGACCAGACCGACCUCAUUGAUUUAUUUGGUUCAGAUUUACCUGUGGAAGGUGGUUCUGCAGGCGAGUUUGCUUGGAAAGAUGCUGAAUUCUUGAGGGCCCUGCAGGAAGGGCAUUGGGUUCUACUCGACGAGAUGAAUUUAGCUCCUCAGGCUGUGCUUGAAGGUCUCAACGCAGUUUUGGAUCAUCGUGGGACAGUGUAUAUACCAGAACUCAAUCGCUCGUUCCAACGACAUCCAUCUUUCCGCAUAUUUGCUGCUCAGAACCCUUUACAUCAAGGAGGAGGCAGAAAGGGUCUUCCAAAAUCUUUCGUUAACCGCUUCAGUAAAGUCUACGUCGAAGAAUUAACGCCAGCAGAUUUAUAUACCGUAUGUUCACACAUCUUUCCCGAUCUUGGCGAAUCUACCCUGCAAGCUAUGAUCUCGUUCAACCUCCAUUUAAAUGACUCUGUCACAGUGCAACGUUUGUUUGCUCAGGAUGGUUCCCCUUGGGAAUUCAAUUUACGUGACAUCAUUCGUUGGGGCACACUCACAUCACAUUCUCACCACACACCGUUGGCCUUUUUACGCAGCAUAUAUCUUCACCGAUUCCGCUCAAUAAAAGAUCGGCAGAAUGCAUGUAGCAUCUUUAACAAGGUAUUCUCUGUGAAUACAAAUGAGCUAGAAAACUCUCCUCCCUGGAUGGUGUCUGCUUCGGAAAUGCGAAUCGGUCAUUUCCAAACCACAAGACAUAACAAGGGGCCGAUGUCUCGUCCAACUCGUUUUUUGAAAUCACAACUUUCUGCAUUGGAGGCUCUUGGAAACUGCGUUUCACAGUCUUGGCUAGCAAUUUUGACCGGGCCAAAAUAUAGUGGAAAGUCUAGCAUCGUUCGCACCCUCGCCAAUUAUUCUGGACACCGGUUGUGCGAAGUUUUUGUAAACAGCGCUACAGACACGAUGGACAUUCUAGGAAGCUUUGAACAAGUUGACCUGCGUCGGCGCCUGACCACUUUGCUCGACGAUCUUGUUGACGUUAUCGACAUUGAUAUUCGCUCGAUUGCAGGGUCCAAGGUAUUAUCUAAAUACCGACACGAGGCUUGUGAUUUGCGAAAUUCUUGCUAUACUACUUCAGAUCAAGAUUUUCAAAGAUUGUACCAAAAGGUGGAAACUUUUAUUUCCCGGUUGGUUGCCUUGGGGCCGCCCUCAAUAAACCAGUACAAGCGUAUUUUUACCUCACUUGCCGACCUUUCUUCUUUUUCCAGUAUCGGCCAAUUUGAGUGGGUAGACGGCCCUCUUAUCAAAGCUAUGAAAUCCGGAGAUUGGAUUAUGCUCGAUGGCGCAAACCUCUGCGGACCCUCUGUUCUGGACCGUUUGAAUUCUUUGUGUGAAAUGAACGGUUUUCUUACACUCAGUGAACGAGGAUUUGUCAAUGGUGAAGUCCAGGUUGUCAAGCCGCACCCAAAUUUCCGGCUAUUUAUGUCUGUUGACCCCCAUUACGGAGAGCUCUCUCGAGCAAUGCGAAACAGAGGCAUAGAAAUUGCUCUCAUUGAUGGCCCCAUCUCGGAUGAUCAACAGAUUCUCCAAGAUCAUUAUCGGCUUCCUCGUGUUUUACCCGCCGCCUCUUCAGGGGGUUAUAUCUCCCAAAUUACUUUGUUUGAUGCUGUUCGACGCGGCCUUUUACAGGCUGAAGUGGAAAGGUCACCACUCUUGACAUCCACAGGACGGUGCCUCGACCAAGACUCUGCACUUUCGAAUUUGCUUGAUCAAGCUCCGAAUCUCAUAUUUUCUUCACUCCCAAUCAACGUUGAAGUACCGUGGAUUCCCUUCCUCUCGCGUACAUUAGUGCCGGCCUACAUACCUUAUGUAUUGCGAUACGUCUCUCAUUCUCGGUAUCAAAUGUCCUGUCAACCCAUUUUAGUCGACUUCCUCGAAGCAUUCCCUCAGCAAGAAUUGCGCCAUGCUCUUGCGAAUAUUCGAACAUUUUAUUUACAACGAAAACAAACUUCGGAUGCGUUUUUAUUGGCACAGCCUAUGGAUUUCUUUUGGAUAGAAGGCACUUCGUUCGAAAAGUCGUUUGGAACCCACGGGGAAACGUUGCGUUCCUUGACUUUCGAAAUUCUUAGUCUCAGUGCCGUACUAUUCAUUUCUAAGCGAGAAAACCUUGUUGAGAUGGACGAAAGAAUUCCCCAGAAAGAGAAAAAUAUUCAAGCACAUCACAGUGUGCUAAAGCUUUCACAAUAUAUGAUCGACAUCUCAGAGCACAUAAUAAAAAGUGCCUCUGUCAUGGACUCCGGCGUGGAUUCAGUAAAACUGGCGUCUAAAAUACUGGGCUAUAGAACACAUCUCAUAGCUGCCCUCAAUUCCUCCGCCUACGAUUUUUCUGCCCUGUAUGCUGUGUCGAAUUGGCUGCUUGAUAACCUCAGCAAAUCCCCUCCAACAUUCGAUUUGUUACUUCAGGAAUCUCAAACUCUCCACUCUAUUGUCUCCCUCUCCUCGGGGCGUGGUUUGUUUAAUUUAUGGUCGAACAUGUAUAUUGAGGAAAUGUCUGGGACUAUUCUCCAAGAUGUUAGGCGUACUGAUGAAAUGGCAUCUUUACUCAAGCAGUCGUCUGAUGUCCCUAAUCUUCGACGCCAAUCUUUUGAUCUUAUGAGUAUGGAAACAUUACCACCGUCAUUAAAAUCGCCGAAGUCCACAUCAUUGCUCGGUUUGAAGAAACUUCUCGACGAGUGUUUGGUAUCAAAUUCCAAUGCUAGUAUCGCUGGCUCGUUUUAUAUCGAAUCCAAUUCCAUACUCCUCGAAUUAUUUAUUGUCGCGUCCAGUGCAACGUUGGGUACCGAUAGGCAGCUUGUGAUCAGUUCGAUGCAACAAAUUCUCAAAUUAGCCUUCGAUAAUGCUGGGACCUCCCUACUUCGUUUAGUCCCAUAUCAGCAUCUAUUAUGGUCCCAAGAAGUGGGUGCAGUGUCUGCGGGAUUGAUUGCCAAGGCCCAAAUCCGCCUUUUAGAAGGAUUGUGGGAGGUGCAACCUCAUAUACCGAUAUCAGGGCCCUCAAUCCUCCUACACCCAUUCUCAUUGUAUAAGAUAAUUAAAACCUGUGAUAUGGGGCAAGUUGAUUUGUUGUCAUUGGCACAGCAUGAAUAUGCUCUUCACCAACAAGGCCGUUUGGUCGUUUUAGAGUCCAAGCAAAACACCGACCGCGUGGUACAACUUAUCCAUCUUUUUUUCCAAACGCUUCAUAUCGUUGCCACCUCUUUCCGCCCUUCGAGCGAUACAUCUUAUGAGUUCAUCAAAAAUGUUAAAAUUGGAAAUAGGACACAACUUCUGGAUUUCCUUCAUCAAAUGAUGUCCUUGUUGCAAACCUCAAGUGACGAAAUCUUUGCCACGUCAAUUCGCAGACAAUUCCUUCCUUUGAUGCAACGUAUGUCUGACUCAACUCCACUGCAAACCCUUGGUCUGGCCUGGAUUGGAGUCAGUCGGGUGCUUUCAGACCUUGCAAUCCCUGAUACCCCAAUCGAUCCCGCUGUUGUACAGAAUUCGAAGUACAACUGGAUGCGCAGUGAAGAGGAGACCUUAAAUGCCUCAAUACGUUUGCAUCAGCAACUUGAAAAACUGCUCACCGGAAAUCAAGACAACGAUGUUUCAAAACAUCUAACAGCGUCUUUGGUGGACAUUCGAGCUCAGCUUGAAAAGCUACCGAUCUUACCCCCUCGUUCCGACAUCUCUCGAUUACACUUGUUUUGGUCAGAGAUUGUUCAAUUUCAGACAAAUGUUCUGUCACAUUCCAAGAUUGAUGCCCUGAUCGAUUCUUUUAUUCAAAGUAACCAAAAUGCCUCGUUACGCGAACGAGUCACUCAGGAAUCUUUGGCUGGGUUUUAUCAUCGGUUAGAUAGUGUUUACCCCGAAUUUGCCGACAUCAGCAUUCUCCUCAAGCUUUCUAUACAAUAUAUGCGACUGGGGCUUAGACUUGUUGCAGAAUCAAACUCUUCCUCAGACAAUGUCACUCGAACCAAAUGGGUCACAUCCCUUAUUUCAUUCCCUACAGCUUGCAGCUCCGAUCGUAUCAUCCGUUGCUUCGGCAAUGCAGAUACUUCACUGGUACCCGCCAGUCAUAACACUCUUCUGACAUUGGCAGCUCUUUCUGUGCAGAAUUCCCUAGGGAUUCAAACAGGUGCUUAUUGGCAUCUAGUAGAAACAGCGUAUGAACAGAUUUUGCGGCUUUGGCUCAUUGAUCGCGCGAAGGAAAAACAGCAAAUCAGCGACGAUAGUACCUUGUAUCGGAAAUCAAAACUGGACCAUCGGGCAGUAACAGACGCAGAUUUAGAAGAACACGAAUUCCUUUCACUGUUUCCCAACUUCGAAAAUGUAUUUGAUGAAGAAACUCGUCAGCAAGAUUCCAACUCUACAAGCCACCCUGGCCUCGUUGUGGCUACAGAUAUGGAAACUUUGAUUCAAAUCCAUUAUAAUCUGAUGGAUUCUCCACACGGUAUCUCGAAAGGCACAAUGCGUAAUAUUUUCCAAAAACUACGUGAUUCUUCUGUGCAAAACCUUUUCAUCACCUCUUCGGAAUCCCUCCCAGAUACAUUGGACCGCAUUAGUUAUCCGUUCCAAUUCUCACUUCUACGAGAUAGUAUGCUGGCCUUGGAAUCGAAUCACAAAAUGGACAGGUUGUCAUAUAACUUCUACAUGGAUAGCAAUUACAAGGAACUCAAAAGGGCAGCUUCAGUGAUCCUUGCUCUCAAGCAAAGGCUUGAGGGUAUUUUGGAAGAAUGGCCUGAUCAAAUGGUUGUCAAACACUUGAUGGAGAGAUGUGACGACAUCCUCACAACCUCAUCGAAGACAUCUGUCGCCAAAAUGCUGUCAAUGGUCGAGCAAGUUCUCGUGCAAAGCCAGGAUUGGGAAAUGUAUUCGAAUAAAGACAAUUCUAUCAAAUCCAAUCAAGAAGAAAUAGUUCGUCUUGUAGUGGAUUGGAGGAGAUUAGAAUUGUCCUGUUGGCAAUCCCUCUUAGAUUCACAGGCCAAAACGUUCACAGACGAACUGUCUGAGUGGUGGUUCCGUUUAUACGACGCCGUCAUCCGAGGUACUCUAGCAGCUUUCAAUCAGGAUCUAGAGGAUCCUGAACAAGCUGUCAAUCGCUAUCUCGACACCCUGAUACCAUUGCUUGACUCCUUCAUUACUUCGAGUCCUCUCGGUCAAUUCCAUGCAAGACUAAAAAUGCUCAACAGUUUUGAAACUUAUAUCACAAAGAUAUUGAUACACAAGUCCUCGAAAGAACGCACAAUCUUGAGUCGUGUGCUCCGUAUCCUUCACGCGACUUAUGUCUACCAUAGCCUAUUUUCGGAGAAUCUUCGCAAGCGAUUAGCGGAUGAGAAGGCGUCAUUGGAAUCGGAAGUGAAAGCCUUGAUCAAGUUGGCGAGCUGGAAAGAUGUCAACGUGCAAGCACUUAAACAAAGUGCUCAAAAAUCACACAGACAAUUGUAUAAGAUUGUGAGGAAAUUUCGUGACGUACUCAGGCAACCUGUAACGGAGGACCUACAAGUGCAGAGUCCCAGUGACUCUGAACACCAAGCUUUAUCUAUGGAGGCGCCAAUAGAUUCGUCAUCGUCCAUGUCCACAUCGAGAGUGUCUUUGAAUGGGCGGCUAAAAGGCUUGAAAACGCCGGAUUACCUUGUAAACUUGGAAGUCACUUUCGAAAAAUAUUCCUCCCUAGUCGAAAACAUGUUGCGGCCAGCUGUUCAGUGUCAAUCGGCCCAUGCGGUAGACUCUUUCGCCGUCGAGAUUAUCACAACAUCUAAAGAUCUAGCGUCAAUCACUGUGCCACUAAGUCUCACGGCACAGGUCCGACAAAAACAUCAAAAGGCAUUAUUAGUCCGAAAAAGAAAGGCUUUCUCAGAUAUGCUGAAGGCAUUGAAACAUGCAGGAUUAGCCAGCAAUGUGAAACCUGAAAUAUUGCGCCAAAACUCAAGCCAGCAAUGGGUUCGGGAACAGCCAAUCUUGAGGCAGACAUCGAUGAUGGAUUUGGAUAUCCAGAAAGGAAACAUGUACUUUGCGAAACUUUGUGGCACAUUGCCGGCUUUACGGGCGUUGCUCCCGAACCAUCAUGCUGAUGUUACCACCCGUGAACUCCAACGAGGUUUGAUGUUUCUUGAGUCUGGUUUCUCUAUGGCUGUCGAUCUCAGAGCGCGGUUGGCCAACGCUUUGCCUCAUCAUCAGAAAUUGACAGACACCUUGAAGAGAUUGCACGCCUUGAAAUCUCAUACCGACUUAGUUGUCGCUGGGCAAAACGUUCUUGCACACGUAUCUUCUGUUUAUGAUCUUCUUUCCAAAUGCUCGCAUGCUCUCUCGGAACUGCGUGAUAAUGUGAUCAUCUUCAAUCAGAUCGACCCACCGGAUUCUGGCAUAGAUAAUUUUUUACAGCAAGUUUGUGUCCUUGCGUCCAGUACCGAUACAAUGUGUGAACGGGUAUUUCACGUGCUUGGUUCCCUGAACUCUACUCCCAUAUCGUUUUUGACUCAGGAUGAAAGCGGGCUUCUCAUGGAAGCUCAAAGGCACAUUUCCCGGACCCAGGAUGCUAUCUCUGGAUGGCAUAGAGAACAACCCUCGUUUGCUCAUUUGCUUUUACCUAUUCUUCAAUGGUUAUCGGAUCAACAUAUAGUUCCUCUGGACUCCACAAUUUCGGGAGCAGUUGCAAAUCCAAAUCAAAUGCGCGUCGAUCAGUUCAUUAGUUCACUCCUUGUUAGUGUUCAAGCCAUGGUGUCAAAGGUAUCAUCAAAUACGAGCGGCAAAGAAGAAGAAGAAGCAGAAACUGAGAAAUAUCUCUUUAGAGGGUAUCAGCUCAUACGAGAUUGCACCCACGUUCUGAAUCUAGAGCGUAUCAGUAAUCAACUAGAUGAAGUUUUACGAGGACUAUCUACUUCUGCCGACCUUCAUGACACCCUUGACAACCUUCUUCCCUUCCUCUCAGUAUAUCUUCCGCUUGUCGCAGACCAACUCUUUUCCCUCAACAAUUGGACUAAAUCGAUAUUCAAGCUGGACUUUGUUUUGUGUUCGGUUCUCCAAACGCUCUCCCAACAAGGAUUUUGUAUACCCCCAGAGAGCGAAGGAAGUGAGGCAGGUGGAGAGUCUUCCAACGUUCCUGGAGUAGGUAUUGGUGAAGGAUCGGGGACGGAGAAUGUUGUCGGAAUUUUCAGGAAUGCCUUACAAGGCCGAAAAGGCCGGCAAGGCCCGGCUAGCCUUGUGAUGCCUCCCAAUCUGAGAGCGUGCCUAAGAAGUAACCGUGAUUGA